UGCGAUCUUCAAACACCAUUUUCCUGUGGGUAGAGGUGAUGCAGUGCUGAAGACCCGGGCCCCUGCUCAGUGCCUUUGCUCUAGAAUGGGUCCAGCUUGGCUUUGGCUACUGGGAACAGGGAUCCUGGCCUCUGUCCACUGUCAGCCCCUUCUUGCCCAUGGAGAUAAAAGUCUGCAGGGGCCUCAACCCCCCAGGCAUCAGCUCUCAGAGCCAGCCCCCAUCUACCACAGAAUCACACCCACCAUUACCAAUUUUGCAUUGCGUUUGUAUAAAGAGCUGGCAGCAGAUGCCCCCGGAAACAUCUUCUUCUCACCAGUGAGCAUCUCCACCACCCUGGCCCUGCUCUCUCUUGGGGCCCAAGCUGACACCUCAGCUCUGAUCCUGGAGGGCCUGGGAUUCAACCUCACAGAAACCCCUGAAGCCAACAUCCACCAGGGCUUCCGGAGCCUCCUCCACACCCUUGCCCUGCCCAGCCCCAAACUCGAACUAAAAGUAGGAAACUCCCUGUUCCUAGACAAGCGACUAAAGCCUCGGCAGCACUAUUUGGACAGCAUCAAGGAGCUUUAUGGAGCUUUUGCUUUUUCUGCCAACUUCACAGAUUCUGUUACAACUGGGAGGCAGAUUAAUGACUAUGUGAGAAGACAAACAUAUGGGCAAGUCGUGGACUGCCUCCCGGAGUUCAGCCAGGACACGUUCAUGGUCCUUACCAAUUACAUCUUCUUCAAAGCCAAGUGGAAGCACCCUUUCAGUCGCUACCAGACCCAGAAGCAGGAAAGUUUCUUUGUGGAUGAGAGGACCUCUCUCCAGGUCUCCAUGAUGCACCAAAAGGAAAUGCACAGAUUCCUCUAUGACCAGGAGUUGGCUUGCACUGUCCUCCAGAUAGAAUACAGAGGAAAUGCCCUGGCACUGCUGGUCCUCCCCGACCCAGGGAAAAUGAAGCAGGUGGAGGCCGCUCUGCAGCCAGAGACCCUGAGAAAAUGGGGCCAAUUGCUCCUGCCCAGUCUGUUGGAUUUGCACUUGCCAAGGUUUUCCAUUUCUGGAACAUAUAACCUGGAAGACAUACUUCCCCAAAUUGGCCUCACCAACAUACUCAACUUAGAAGCCGACUUCUCAGGAGUCACUGGGCAGCUCAACAAAACAAUCUCCAAGGUGUCACACAAGGCGAUGGUGGACAUGAGUGAGAAGGGGACCGAGGCCGGGGCUGCUUCAGGCCUCCUCUCCCAGCCCCCAUCUCUGAACACCACAUCGGACCCACAUGCCCACUUCAACAGGCCUUUCCUCUUGCUCCUUUGGGAGGUGACCACCCAGAGCUUACUCUUCCUGGGAAAAGUUGUCAACCCAGUUGCAGGGUAACCGUGGUGGGAGGCCAGGAGUUAUCUUAUCUCGUCCUGGACCAAACAGAUAGGCCAGAACCAGCCUGCAUCCCGGGGCUGCUAUGUGGUUCAGUUAAUCAGUGUGCCAAGAUUCUAAUAAAGUUGACCUUGGGUUCUGUGAACACUAAGGAGCAAUCCUUACAAGGGAGGGCCAGCUUCUAGCCACUCACUCACAAUUGUCUCAAAUCUGGUGUUAGUUGUGCUUAGAAAGUUGAAAAUGAGAACGACCAUCGUGUUACAGCCUCCCAGGAGAUGUCCACCGCUGCUGCCACCAUUGUAGAUAUUUCCUGAGUGUCGUUUGGGUAAGGGUCAUAGUCAAAAACACAGAGGGCAUCAGCAGGAGUAAGCCAGUCUUUCCCUUCACAGUGGCCGACAUGGGCUGUACAGACAAGAGAGGUUGUCCUAAAAUGUCAUUGCCCAGACAUCAGGGGCUAGAUCCCCUCAAGAGGAGGUUGGACCUGUGUCAGGGCUCCAAAUUACAGCCCAUGUAGAAAAGCAGGUGUGCAGAUGGGCCGGCGUAAUCAUGGGUCAACCUGGAGGGAGGUCAAGUUCAAGCAGCAAGAACAGUGUGUCAAAGCCCAGGGCAACACGAAGACCAAAGAAAGCAGGAAGGCAAACAUGGCCGGGAGGGAUGAUGGACAUAGGACAGGGUCAGCGGGGUGAAUUGGGGGCAAUUGC